AAUUUCAUUAUGCGGUGAUAAUGACGACUUUUCUCGAUUUAAAGUAAAUAAUGUUUUAUUUUCGUAAAGAACGCCGUAAGCAAAAUUAUUUCUGAGCAUAAAAAUAACUAAAGGAUACCAUUUUAUGUACCUCAUUUCUCAAUUUACUGAAUGUUUAUCGAUAGAGUUUUAGUAGAGGUUAUAUUUUAGUUACUGGAAGUAGUUGAAGAGUAUAUUUACACGAAAUGUUUUGUUGGGGCAAUUCCACGCACCACGAAUUGUGUAUAGAAACAUCUCAAAACACAGAUUUGAUAUUAAAGCCAACUUUCUCAAAAUGGUCAGAAAGCAACCAUGUGCAAACAGUGACCGCAGGUGAAUUCCAUGCUCUGUACCUCACCAGCAAUGGGCAUUUAUAUUCAUGUGGAAAUAAUGAUGUUGGGCAACUCGGCAGGCAUACUAGCACGCCUGAUGGAUCCUCUCCUGCUUUAGUAGAAACAUUGAAAGGCUGCACAAUAUCAGCAAUAUCAUGCGGCAUGCAGCACUCCAUGGCCCUGGACGAAUGGGGGCAGCCAUUCAGCUGGGGCUCCGACAUAUUAGGGCAGCUUGGUAGCAACCUAGGCGCACAUGCCCAGGAUAAACCUAAGAUAGUAAAGUCUUUGGCUACGAAAAAUGUUAUACAGAUUGCAUGCGGAUCGUAUCAUUCUUUAGCUUUGACAAAUAAUGGUGAAAUAUACGCGUGGGGUGCUAACACAUACGGCCAAUGUGGCCUAGGAACUAUGACGAAUAAAGAGCUAACACCUCAACACAUCGCGUCGUUGCAAGGAGUACCCAUCGCCAUGAUUGCCUGUGGAAGCAAUCACACUUUCGCAUUGACUAAAUCGGGAGCAGUGUAUGGAUGGGGGAAAAACUCACACGGCCAGCUAGGGCUGCAGGACAGAGACAACAGAUGUUACCCGACACACUUGAAAUUAUUACGGAAUUCUAAAGUAUGUCACAUAGCGUGCGGGGAAGAUUUCACAGUGUUCCUUACGUUAGAAGGCGGCGUGUUUACAUGUGGCACUGGAGAAUACGGUCAGACGGGGCACGGAUCUACUAAAAACGAACUAGUGCCUAGAACGGUCAUGGAACUCAUGGGCAGCACAGUGACUCAGAUAGCAUGUGGGCGGCGGCACCUGCUGUGCCGCGUCGGGGAGCGCAUCCUCGCGUGUGGCUACGGUGCACGCGGACAGCUCGGCUGUCCUAACAUGUCUCUCUCGCUACUACCCACGCCCGUGACAUUCACGCCUGGUGAUUCACCGUUCUCACAAGACCUGUUCAGAGGGCCAAUGAAAGUGUACGCCGGCGGUGACCACAGCUUUCUAGUGGUGAACGGCGACAAAUCGCUGGGCACGGACUUUAGGGUCCCGGACCAUAAUAAGCAGGUGCUGACGUUGAAUUUGCCGAAGUUAGCCGCUUGUGAGAUGUUUAAAGAUGAAGAUGUGGUUAAUCAAGAUUUGAUGGCGUACUUAGAAACGGUGUUCGGCUCAGCAGCCUGUAUCAACGGCUCUUUCCUACUAUCUGAUAAUAAUCACUUUGGCUGUAAUAAGAAGGUCCACGGAGUUGAUCUAAAGAAAGCAGAGGAAGCCUUCACGCUUAUAAGCAGGAUUGAGAACACUUCUAUAAAAGAGCUAAUAUUCAGUCAUUUGACCGAGAACGUGAUAAAGAAGAUCAAAGUAUCUCCUCCCGACGCCGAAGCUCUUAGAGUAUUCAUGAUUCUACCGCUCUACCACGAGAUGAGGAACCCCAGGCGGCAUACCGAGUUACAGGGCCCUUUCGCGGAGGCGUUCAACAAGCUGUCCAUAUACCCGCAACGCAUCGUCAAUAUAUGGUGGGAACAAGAGAGCAACGAUUACUUCGAGAUGCUCGUUGACAUCUUUAAGAGCGUCAUCGUUUAUGAACUGAUGCAACCUAAUGUUAGAGCAAAUAAGAAAAUUUACUUCAGUCACAGCCUAGUUCAAAUUCUAAACACGUUGUCUUCCCUCAACAAAAUUAACUUUUCCAACCCGAAAAAACCAAAGAUACCUGCCGAAUGCUUCUACAUCGAUGAUCUAUCCAACUAUGUCGAUAUCGCUACGGACUAUAUUAAUUGGUUGGCGGAUCAAGACUCAUCAUCACCUCACAUGUGCAACUACGCCUUCCUCUUCGACGUCCAAUGUAAAUCCCUCCUCCUAAAGAUCGACCAGCAGCUCCAGAUGCAGAUGGCCGUGACGCGGGCUGCCACACAAAUAUUCACCAGAAUAUUCAUGGAUCCCGGCUAUGAGUUCCAGAGAGACCAGUUUCUAAAUCUAACGGUCUCGAGGAACCAUAUAGUGAGAGAUACGAUGCUGCAAAUCAGUAACCAUGACAGUUCGCAGCUUAAAAAGCCGUUGAAAGUAGAAUUCGUAGGCGAGGAAGCAGAAGACGCUGGCGGCGUUAAAAAGGAGUUUUUCCUGUUACUACUCAAGGAAAUAUUCGACCCUGUCUACGGCAUGUUCAAGCAGUCCGAGGAAACCAACAUGAUAUGGUUCUCCAAUAACCCUUUCGAAGAUGAUGUUAUGUACUAUUUGAUAGGUGCUAUCUACGGUCUUGCCAUCUACAACUCGAUAAUAAUCUACGUGCCGUUCCCGCUGGUGUUGUACAAGAAGAUCCUGGGAGAGUCUAUCAUGUUGGAUGACCUUUCCGAUCUCUAUCCCACGCUUGCCAAUAGUCUCAAGAGUCUACUUGAAUAUCCUGAUGAAGAUGUGGAAGAAGUAUUCAGCCUAUGCUUCGCCGUGAACACGGUUGUGUUCGACCAAAUCCAAGUUCACCCGCUGAAAGUCAACGGCGAAAACAUAUCAGUCACUCACGAGAACAAAGCCGAAUAUGUGGAGCUUUACGUCGACUUCCUACUCAACAAGUCCGUCGAGAAUCAGUUCAAGGCUUUCAAUCAAGGCUUUCAAAAGGUAUGCGGCGGCAGGAUAAUAAAGCUGUUCAGAUCCCACGAGCUCAUGUCCGUGGUGAUCGGCAACGAGGAGUACGACUGGGACCAGUUCGAGGCCAACUGCGAGUACAAGAACGGGUACACGCACACCGACCAGCAGGCAAGAUGGUUUUGGGAAGUGUUUCAUGAGCUGUCUUUGGAAGAUAAGAAGAAGUUCCUACUCUUCUUGACUGGUAGCGACCGAGUCCCCAUACAAGGCAUGAGAGAUAUCAAAAUCAGAAUCCAGCCAGUAGCCGACGACAGAUACUUCCCUGUCGCCCACACUUGCUUCAACCUGCUCGACCUGCCGCGGUACAAGACCAAAGAGCGCCUCAAAUACCACCUGCUCCAGGCCAUCCAGCAAACGCAAGGCUUCUCCCUCGUUUGAUGUUGGUUA